GUCACAUGCUACAACGUCAUGAUGUACUUAGUUACUGUAGUUGCAAGGCAUGAACCUUUCAUUCAAAGCUACAGAAGUCCCUUAUCGCGCAAUACCUCGGGUGCUGGCGUGCAACACUUUUAUUCUGACCGAAUUCAGAUGGAUCCACUCAGUCAUGGGAAUCCCAUACCUCAAGACUGCAAUUUCCUCCAUCAAUAAUUUCGCCUUUUUUUCUCCAAAGCUGAAAAGAUCUCUUCAAAGAGAGGAAAAUAUAACUAUCUGUAAAUAACGUAGGGAAUUACCAAAACGUUACAAAUGAAAUUGUCCUGUUGAUGUUCUCCCUUACGACCAGACAGUAGAAGUUCCACCAGGUGAGAAGAGUGAUGAACAUCCUGUUUCUUACUAUGGUUAUUUCAUACUUCAGCUGCAUGAAAGCCGCCCCCAUGAGAGACACCGCGGGCAUGCGGGGGCACCAGGUGGAUGGCUACUUGGGGACGACAGCGACACAGAGCCCCGGCGCUCUGGAGAGAGCAGCCACGGGCGGACGCAGGGGGGCGGAGUCGCUCACAGACACGCUCGAACAGGUGAUCGAGGAGCUGCUGGAGGUGGAAGGGGAGGCCCAGUUGGUUGCAGGGGGGCCCGGCAGCAAGAGGCGGGGCGAUGCGGCGGUGGAGCCCAAAGACAGCGACUUGUACUCUUCACGGGUGAUGAUCAGCAACCAAGUGCCUUUGGAACCACCACUUCUCUUUCUCUUGGAGGAAUAUAAAGACUACCUAGAUGCUGCCAACAUGUCCAUGAGGGUUCGGCGGCACUCUGACCCAGCGCGGCGCGGAGAGCUAAGCGUGUGUGACAGUAUUAGUCAGUGGGUGACUGCCGUGGAUAAAAAGACGGCCAUAGACAUGUCCGGGCAGACGGUCACAGUCUUGGAAAAAGUCCCGGUGCCCAACGGCCAGCUGAAGCAAUACUUUUACGAGACCAAAUGCAACCCCAUGGGAUACACAAAGGAUGGCUGCCGAGGGAUAGACAAGCGGCACUACAACUCGCAAUGCCGGACAACCCAGUCGUUCGUGCGCGCGCUCACCAUGGAUAGCAAAAAAAAAAUCGGAUGGCGAUUCAUACGGAUAGACACUUCCUGUGUAUGCACAUUGACCAUUAAGAGGGGGAGAUAGUGAACGAAAUGUAUAGAUUUUAUUAAGUUGAAAAAGAAAAGAAUAAAUAUCUAUUUGUAUAUAUACAUAACAGGGUAAAUUAUUCCAUCAAAAGAAAAUUUUAUGGACUGCAUGUAAAAAAGAUGAAGUUUAUACAGUAAAAGUGAUAUUAAAGUCUAUUUAUUGAUCAUUUUCAUGACCUUGUAAAUGAUUAAAAAAAAUUCUAAUCAGU